CUCUGUGCCCAGUUCUGGCAGUUUGGGGAGUGGGUGGACGUGGUGGUUGAUGACCGAUUACCCACCAAGGAUGGAAAGCUGAUGUUUGUCCACUCGGCCGAGAGAAAUGAGUUCUGGAGCGCUCUCCUGGAGAAGGCCUACGCCAAGUUGAAUGGGAGUUAUGAAGCUCUGUCUGGAGGCUCAACCACGGAGGGUUUUGAAGAUUUUACUGGUGGGGUUUCAGAAUGGUAUGAGCUGAAGUCUGCUCCUCAGAACCUGUUCCACAUCAUUCAGAAAGCUCUGCAACGCGGCUCCUUGAUGGGCUGCUCCAUCGACGUAAGUACGUUCCCCACCCCCAACCCU